AUGAUCAUUUCAACAUCUUCUGGGGGUUCUAACAUUGAUCCAACUGCUUGGGAAGACAAAAAGUGUAAAGGCGAGUCAAGGUUUCCUGCUCAGGUGAGAAUCCGUAUUAGGAAACUCUGCAAUGCACUGGAAGAUGAAGCUUUUAGGCCAGUCCUGCACCACUAUGACGGCCCCAAGUUCCGUCUCGAGCUCUCAGUUCCCGAGACGUUGGAUCUAUUAGACCUUCGUGAACAAGCAGGAUCUCCAUAGGCAAAAUGUUAACCGAGUGCAAAUGUAGUAGGGUUUAUUGUUAUAUGAAGGCCGCCUGCUUUUCAGAGAUUCGCCGUAAGAGCGCAAGCUGUGGGUUUAGAACCGUUUGGCGAAUCAUCUUGGGAAAAGGUGAGAAAUGGCGUUAGCCAGCUGAAUAAAAACUGCAUCUUGUGUAUUGUGAAGAAGCUUGGUGAACUUUUGCAUCGUAUUCUUAUGCAUCAAAGAUCCUAUAGAGACAGCUGUAAGGCGUGCAAGAGAAUGAACUAACCAUGUGUUGAUGUUUAAAGUCCUCAAGAAUUGAAGGGCUUUGAAUUUUAUGUCUGAUUUGUGCUUU